CACAAAGGUCAAUUAUGCCUUUCUGUGGUUUUGGAAUCCGAUAGGCAGCGUUAUGAAAGGUUCACCUUGACCUCUUAAUAUCUAAAUAAAAAGGGAUUUUCUACGAGAAGCAAAGCAUUGUGAAUCCACUAGCUGACCGAAGCAGAAACAUGCCAAUAGUACAAACGCUAAUCUUCUUAAUAUUAGUUCUGUUACAGAGUCAUUAUGUUACAGCUCAUGGCCGAUUGGUUGAUCCCGCCAGCCGCUCUAGUAUGUGGCGUUUUGGUUUUCCCAAUCCUAUUAAUUAUAACGACAAUCAAAUUUACUGCGGUGGCUUUUCUGCGUUGUGGGAAAAAUUUCAUGGAAAAUGUGGGGUGUGUGGCGAUCGACUCGAUGGCCCACGUGAAAACGAAGCAGGCGGUAAAUAUGCUAACGGGAUAAUAGCAGCCCGAUACACAGAAGGAGACCUAAUAAAUGUAACUGUACAAUUAACUACAAACCACUUAGGCGGAUACUUUGAAUUUAAUCUCUGUCCAGUGAACGACCCUAAAAAACGGGCAGAUGAAGACUGCAUGCUCAAUAACCCUGUGAUGACAUUAGAUGGAAAGCGACGCUAUACUUUAGAGACAUCGAUUUCGGGCUUAUUUCACAUGACUCUCCGAUUACCACAAGGCGUUUACUGUACACAGUGCGUGUUUCGAUGGAAAUAUAAUGCAGCUACAUCGUGGGGUUGUGAAGGUGGCAAAUGUUGCCGUGGAUGUGGUAAACAAGAACAGUUCUAUGCAUGUGCUGAUGUUUCGAUUUCUCGAAGAAAUGCAUUUAACUGGAAGACAACUACGGCGCCAAGUAGGAAUACAGAAUGCGAAGCGAAGCUACCAUGGCGAAACAACCCCGGAGCUACACCUUGGUGCAAGCGUCGUUGUUCGCAAAAUAGGUGUCCUCACAAGUAUUGCGAAGCAGCUUGCCGCCUUUUAGUACCGCAAGGAUAUGGAAGUUCUUCACAUUUAUAUUCUAGCCAAAAUCGAGACCAGUUUUUGAAAGCUCUGCUACGCGCCAGCAAUUCCAAGGAUUACGCAAAUGGAUUAAAUAAAACAAUGGAAACGGCAAAAUAGUGAUUUACACAGAAUGAAUUUCAAAUUAUAUAUAUAUAUAUAUAUAUACACACACACACACAUACGUUAUACAUAUACGUUAUAUAUAUAUAUAUACUUUAUUUAAAGCAGCAGAAAAUUCAACAAAACCUGUUACUCUG